GGCGGUUGAGGUGGGGUGGGGGCAGUCGACGUCACACUGACGAAGUCCGCGAGCGCGUUUUUAUCGCACCCGAGUGGCUCGUCCUCAUAGUCAGUCUGCGCAACAACCUGCGGUGACUGCAGACUGACUGCAGACGCACGGCCACAGUCAGGACGGGCUACAACACAGCAGCAAACACCUGGAAGAAUGUCGGGGAUCAAUGGGAAUUUUAACUGUGAGGAAUAUUUGGCUUCGGCGCAGAUGGCCAACGGCACGGAGUUGCUUUUGCGCUCCUCCGCGGAUGAGGACGAUGAACUUCUGAGAUACAUCUGGAGAGAGUACCUGCACCCCAAACAGUACGAAUGGGUUCUCAUCGUGGCUUACAUCAUCGUGUUCUUCGUGUCACUUAUCGGGAACUCACUUGUUUGUUUUGCAGUGUGGAAGAACCGUCACAUGCGCACAGUGACAAAUUAUUUCAUAGUGAAUCUGUCCUUUGCUGACGUCCUGGUCACCAUCAUCUGCCUGCCUGCUAGUCUGGUCGUGGACAUUACCGAGACCUGGUUCUUUGGAAAGACUCUGUGCAAAGUGGUGCCUUAUCUCCAGACAAUCUCAGUCUCCGUGUCAGUGCUGACACUGAGCUGCAUCGCCCAGGAUCGCUGGUAUGCGAUCUGCCACCCACUGAUGUUCAAGAGCACGGCCAAGAGAGCGCGCCGGAGUAUCGUUUUCAUCUGGCUGGUGUCAUGCGUCAUCAUGAUUCCACAGGCUGUGGUGAUGGAGUGCAGCAGUUUACUGCCUGAACUUACAAACAAGACUCGUCUGUUCACAGUGUGCGAUGAGCACUGGGGAGCUGAGGUCUACCCAAAGGUUUACCACACCUGCUUCUUCAUUGUCACCUACUUCGCUCCACUUUGUCUCAUGGUCCUGGCGUACAUCCAGAUCUGUCACAAGCUUUGGUGUCAGCAGAUUCCUGGAAGCUCUUCAGUGAUGCAGAGGAAGUGGAAGUCCUUCCAGUGCUCGGGUCCGACGUUGGGCUCAGGGGAGUCCGUCAGAGUCAGAACCAGCACCGUUUGUGCUGAGAUCAAGCAAGUCAGAGCCAGGCGUAAAACUGCUCGAAUGCUGAUGGUGGUGCUCUUUGUGUUUGCUCUGUGUUACCUGCCUAUCAGCGUUCUCAAUGUCAUGAAAAGAGUCUUUGGGACGUUCAAGAACACAAACGACAGAGAAACAGUGUACGCCUGGUUCACGUUCUCACACUGGCUGAUUUAUGCCAACAGUGCAGCAAAUCCCAUUAUCUACAACUUUCUCAGUGGAAAAUUCCGUGGGGAGUUCAAAGCAGCAUUUUCUUGCUGUUGUCUUCGCCGAAGCCAUAAUCAAACCCAGAGGAUAAGGACCAGAACCAGCACGGACAGUCGAAAAUCACUGUCCACCCAAGUGAACAACAUAGACAGCGUUUCAGGCAUUUCAGACCAAAUAGUCUAGUUUUAUAAUGUGACUAAAAUCUUACUUGAAGGUUCAAAUAGCAC